AUGGCGAGCCAGCAAGUUCCCGAGGUGUCCCGUGGCGGACAGGCACAAGCUGAGAGAGAGCAGAAGCAGCAGGAGGGCGCGUCAUGGGCUGAGCGAGUGAAGGGAACCAUGGAGAAGGCCACCACGGAGGAAAGGCCCACUGAGCGAAAGAGCACGGCAGAAGCAAGCGAGAGAAAAAUCGCGGAGGAAGAGAGGGCUAAGCAGGCUAAGGCAGUAGCUUCAGCGAGGAAAGCUGGUGAGCAUCAGGCAGUUGCUUCAACUAAGCGUGAGGAGGCUAAGAAGGAGGCUCAGCAGGCGGGUAGCCAGGUGACAGAGACCACCAAGAAGGCAGGCGAGGCAACCGCGGAGAAGGGACGUCAGGUGACGGAGAAGGCCAAGGAAGGGCUCGCGUCAGGGACGGAGACGGUGACUAAGAAGACUGAGGAGCUGACGGAAAGGGCGAAGGAGACCCUGGGAGAGACUGCAGAGAUGCUCAAGUCUAGCUUUGGUAAGGGACAGGAGGAGGUUCAGGAGGGAGAGACCGCCAUAGGCAAAGGAGUGGUUGUGACAGGGAAGGAAGAGGCUGCUGCUGUCCUAGAGGCGUCUUCAAAGCGAUUGGGUCAGUUGGCUGAGGUGAUGAAGGAAAAAGCUCUGGAAGCUGAGCAUGUAGUGGAAGGAGCUGCCACCAAGAUCUAUUCUGACAUUCAGCAUGCGAUGGAGAAACUUUCAGUCGUGAAGGGUGAAGGCAAGGGUGAUGAUGUUGAAGGGAAGGUAGCGGAGGGGACUGGUGAGGGGGUGAAGGCAGCAGCAGCAGACGUGCAUGAAGCUGUGAAGACCACUCAGGGUGUUACUCAGACUGUGGUUGUUGGUGCUGCUGAGGUGCUUAUUGCUGCUGGAGAUGCUGUAACCGAUGCUGCUAAGUCACUGGUGCAGCCGUAUGAGAAAGGAACGGCUCCAUCUGCAGAAACGUCCGUCCCCACAGCCACAGGCACCACUACCAAGACGGAGGAGGAACACAAGGAGAGUGGUGCAGGUUCUUAG